GCUGGGGUGCGGCAGGACCGGGUGACACUCCGAAUCUUCUGCAGGAGCUGUUCAAGACGUUGGUGCCCGCCCACUGCCUCGGCUCCAUCUGGUCCGAGCGCGACAACAGGGAACGCGAGUCCCUGGCACCCACCGUCCGUGACACUGUGAUGCACGACAACACCGUGGCCCAAUUGCAUCCUCGUCACCUGCCUUGGGGACGCGAGCAUGACAGCGCAGGACAGGGCCAGGGUGGUUGAGCUGUGGAUCAGGGUGGCUGAGGAGUGUCGAGGCCUCGGGAACUUCUGUUCCCUCCACACAAUCCUUUCUGCCCUGCAGAGCCCUGCCAUUGCCCGUCUCCAAGACAGCUGGGGACAAGUUUCCAGGGAGAGUUCUCGAACCUGGAAGAAGUGGGUCAGGAGAGAGAAACGCGUGAGCAGGGAGCUGCUGGUGCAGGAGGCGACCUCCGUGUUAAAGACUGCAGAGAGGGCCCGCCAGGGAGCCCAGGAGAGGCAGCGGCAGCAGGGUGUCAUCCCCUCCCUGGUGACGAUCUUCCAUUCCCUGGAGCUGCUGGAUGCUACGAUGGAGGAUUAUGUGGAGGUGAGUGAGCCCGGAGGUGGGUCCGGGGGCUCAGGCUCCUGA